AAUAUCUGCGGGACCCACUCACAAACCUUUCGUCAUCUUCUCCGAUCCUUCAAACCUCUCAUGUAUCUUCUCCAUCAAGCUCCAUACAUUUCUCAACAUCCCCUGGAGAUCACUGCCAAGCCACACUAAAACUUUCCCAAUCCAUCCCCAUCCACUGUCCCGCCUCGCGAGAACACGCCGGACCAGGACCCCACCAUACCGCCUCACCUCCGCCGUCGUCGCCGCCUUCACAAUGCCCGUAAAACUCAAGCCCAAGGACAUAACGUACCUCAAGAAGGGGACGGUCCGCCAAAACUGGUCGGUUGUAACCCUCUACAACUUGACCCGGAUGCAACGGCAAAAAACAAACGGCCGUACGUUCUUCCAGCAAAAAUACGCAGCGAAGCAAGAGACACGGAAGUACCACGGAGAACACCUUACCAAAAGGCAAUGGCAGAACAUCUUCAAGCACUCGCUCAAAUCGGUCGUGCCGAUGAACACGCCGAAGUUGGCGUCGAGCGAUGGGUCCGAGUAUGGUGCCGGUAGAGGAAGUGGACUGGACAAUGCCGAGAAGAGACGGACCAUGCCAGUCCCGUAUAUGAACCAGACUUUUGCGCCGAUGGAAAGAAGACUCGAUAUGGCGAUUUUCAGGGCUAUGUUCGCAUCCUCUGCCAUCCAGGCACGGCAGUUUGUUAUUCAUGGGUUUGUGAAAGUCAAUGGAAAGAAGAUGCCAUACCCACAGUACAUGCUCAACCCCGGCGACAUGUUCAGCGUCGACCUCGAGAAGGUCCUCUUCGCGACUGGCGCGCCGAAGGGCCUACCCACCAGUCUCAACCCCCGCCGUAACAGGAAGCGCAAGACAGAUGACGAAGAGGCCGCCGAAGCCGUUGCCGCUACGGAGGAAACCCCCGCUGCCGCUGCCACCCCCGCCGCCAAAGACGCUGCCACCCCGGAAGCAACGAAGAAGGGCAAGGGCAAGGCUGCGGCCGAGGUUAAGCCCAGUGUGAGCAUGGGCGAAGAUACGAGUGAGGAGGCUACUGCGGAGAAGAAAGAGGAGUUCAAUAAGGAGAAGGAAACGUCGAAGGGCAUCAACUGGUGGGACCAUGAAACCCGUGAUAAGAUUUUCGACCCCCUCAAGCCUUACCGUACGCCGUGGCGGCCGAGGUACUACCUGAGUGCUUUUGCUUUUAUCCCGAAGUAUUUGGAGGUCAACCACAGCAUUGGGCAUGCCGUGUAUCUGAGGGAUCCUGUGGCUAGCCCUGGGCUCAGCGAGGUGCCGACGCCGUUUCACGGUGAGACGUUACAGCUCGCAUAUAACUGGUUCCUUCGACGGAGGUAGUCAUGUGCGAGGGCGACGCUGGUGAUGGUGCAUCUUGUACAUUAUGAAAACCGAUAGAGUACCCCUCGGGCUUGCGCAUGUAGAAUACUGUAUAAUACCCGAGUUGUGGCCGGUUCAGGCUCUAGG